UAAUGCUUGACAGCUCAGCUAGCUAAGUCGAUAUUCACACCGAUGAGGAUGAUUGGCCUAAAUUAAAGUAAUUAUGAUUAAAUUUGUCAAGAUUAUUUUAGGCCAGAUCAUGUUUAAUUAAUACGAGUUGAAUAGGAUUUGAUUUGGUUGUGUUAAAUUAUGUCAGCCGCAAAAGCUGGUGCCUCAAUUUAAGCUAGCUGAGACUUGAAGAGAGAAGAAGUCAGCUCACGAAGUUUUUGCAAACCCAUACCAGUUAUUUCACUUUUAACCAAAUACAAAUGCAAAAUGAAUUCUGCUUUUUAGUUAUUCAGAUCAGAGAUAUUUUAAGGAUGAAUUUUGAAGUGAUGUCUCAACUCGUUUGCACUGUUCGUUAUUGUAUUGACUAAACUGAAAAAUAAAGUGAAAAUGGACAAGAAAUGGCUACUAUGGCUCCUGACUCCACAAUUUUACACAACUUAAUCUAAUCAAAAAUAGUGGCUCAAUGCAUUUUCGAGUUUCACAAUUACUUACAAUGAAUAUUCCGGAUUCUGAUGACUCAUGUGCUUCUGAAUUAUUCAACUGGUAAGCAGUAAAAUCCAUUCAUACUUGGACCAAAAACACAAUUCGCGGUAAAGCUAGUAAGUAACUUUGGUUACAUUCAUUGGAGUAUAACUCGAAAUCACGGCUAAGAUCUUAAAACUAGUUUUACGCCCCAGUCUUAGUUAGACCCUUUUUAAUACAACAGGUGAUCUACCUUUGCCCGUCAUCUUUUGAGCUUAAAUAAAAGUUUUAACGGCAAUUUUUUAGAUUAAAAUUUAUUUAUCAUUUGCACCGAAAAUAUUAUUACCGCAAAAUGGAUCAAGUUGAUAGCAACUCUGAUAAAAUUACAAUAAAAGUGAGACACUGGGAUGAAGAUUAUCAUGACAUUACUAUUGAUUGGUCAAAUGAAAGUUUUGAUUACAGGAAACAAGUGUUUCAUCAGUUAUCAGCAUUCACAGGCAUACCAGUCAAAUAUCAAGUGCGUGUUGGAGUAACUAAUGUAGGAAUAUCUGUCAAUUUGGGCAACCCUGAAUUCGGUGAUGAAGAAGGACGGGGUCACUUGUUUCCGGAUGAAAAAGAGGAGGCAAUGGAGCAAAUUCAGGAUGGCGCUUGUUAUCUUUUGGAAACAGAUAUAUUCACCUGCUAUCCUACUUAUCCUAGUAUUUUCUGUUCCUAUCACCUGGCUCAUCGUGAUCUGGUCAAUGAAAAUGGUUGCAACUUAUAUUAUUGCCACUCUUUGGGUAGUCGUUUCUUCACGAAGAAAUUUUCAAAGCUCAUUAAAUCCGAGCACUUGCAGACACUUCUGGAUCCAAGAGUUGCAGGACAAGCACGGGAAACUUUAACAAGAAUUAAAUUAAAUCUGAAUAUUGAACAUAUUACUCGCCUAGAAUGCAAUAGAUAUUUCGAAUCUUUAGGACAUUUUGAUUAUCCGUUCUCUAAUUACUAUUUGCGUUACCGAGGUUAAUGAAGAUAUACACCUGGUAAAACUUAGAAUCUAGGUUAUUUUCGGCUACGUGAUAAUUACUUGCGUUAUCGAGGUUGAUUAAAAAUGCUUUUGCAGUUCAUUAUCAAUCAAAGAAACUGACUUAUAUCAACUUUUUGCAUUAAAAGAUGAAAAUUUUAAA